UGCAGGCACCUCCCGGCAGGCGGGGAGAUCGGGUGGAGCCUGGGCCUUAGCUUUCCCGUUAGAAUUUGGCUCUGAGGCUUCUCUGAGCGCUUGUGCUUGCUUGUGGGGUGAGCCAGGAGUCGGGCUAGGAGUUCGCCCCUUUUUGGCCGCACUCCCUGGUCUGCCUCGGAUUUCUUACGUAAGUCGUGCAGCAGCACCGACUUGGGGAGGGUGACGGUGAGGCAGGGUUUUAGGGAGCCACGCCUACUGCUGGCAGACCUACCCUUGCAGGUAUGGGUUUUCCAGCGUAGAGAUCCCUGAAAUACACUCUCUGAAACCGUGUGUCCAUUUUUCUGGGGAGCGAGUUUAUAGCUUCAUCCUAUCCUCAAAGAGUCCCACGACCCCCAAAAGUUAAGAACCACACAGCCACGGGUUGAAGAGGGUCAGCAGUAGCCAGUGGCCGUUUUCUGCCUAGCCUCUGGUCCCGGGGGCAUUGCACUAGAGAUCCUUAUGUCAAACUGCUGCUUGACGCAAUGAAGCACUCUGGUUGCGCUGUUAACACAGACAGACACUUUUCUUGUGAAGACUGUCACGGACACGUCAGUGGGGGCUUCGAUGCGUCAACGUCUCAGAUUGUCCUGUGCCAGAAUAACAUCCGCAGCGAGGCCCACAUGAGCAGGGUGGUCACCCACGAGCUCAUCCACGCCUUCGACCACUGUCGCGCUCACGUCCACUGGUUCUCCAACGUCCACCACUUGGCCUGCUCAGAGGUCCGAGCUGCUAACCUUAGUGGAGACUGUUCACUUGUCAAUGAACUAUUCAGGUUACGUUUUGGAUUAAAACAACACCAUCAGACUUGUGUGCGGGAUAGAGCCAUUCUGUCCAUCCUGGCUGUUAGGAAUAUCAGCAAAGAAGUCGCUCAAAAAGCUGUUGCUGAAGUUUUUGAAUCCUGUUUCAAUGACCUUGAACCUUUUGGAAGGAUCCCACACAACAAGACUUAUGCAAGAUACGCUCAUAGAGACUUUCAGAACCGUGAUCGGUAUUACUCAAAUAUAUGAAGACGAUGGUGUUUUAUCUCACACAGCUUCGACGAGCAUGAAGAAAAAAAUAAUGGUUUGCAAGUGAACAAGCAUAUGAAAUGCCACCAAUCAAAUACAGUUAAAACACAGAAGAUGCUGAUUUUAACUUACCCAAAAAAGUAACUGUGGCAAAGAAUGAAACUGCCUUAAUUUCCAAGGCAAAAAUGGUUUCUUUAUAGUUUGCAUUUGGUAAAUAAUAUGAAUAAAUUACAUUUUUGUAUUUUCUGCAGUGU